GGGAAUGUUUCACAGAAAAAAUUGCCUGACGACAUUAUUAAAUGGCUGAGUUUGGACCAGAUUCUGGAGGCAGAAUAAAGGGCCUGACAAUUGUAAAGCCAAUCAUUUAUGGAAACAUAUCUCGCUAUUUUGGAAAGAAGAGGGAUGAGGAUGGUCACACACAUCAAUGGACGGUUUACGUCAAACCUUACAAAAAUGAGGAUCUGUCAACAUAUGUGAAGAAAAUUAACUUCAAACUACAUGAGAGCUACCCUAACCCAAACAGAGUGGUAACUAAACCUCCAUAUGAAGUCACAGAAACGGGGUGGGGAGAAUUUGAAGUGGUUAUAAAGAUUUACUUCAAUGAUCCAAAUGAAAGACCAGUCACUAUUUAUCAUUUACUGAAGCUGUUUCAAAGUGAGACUGACAUCAUGCUUGGAAAAAAGUCCCUUGUUGCUGAAUACUAUGAUGAAAUGAUCUUUCAAGACCCAACAGCAAUGAUGCAGCAACUGUUGAACAGCACAAGGCCUGUGGCUAUAGGAGCAUACAAACAUGAAACUGAUUUUGAAGAGAAGAAAGAGAAAACUGCAGAGAAAAUUUUAGCAGCUAAAACAAAAAUAAGAUAUGAGAUCCAAGAAUUAAAUGAAAGAUUAAAGAAGAAAAAAGAAAGUAUCCAAAUCUUAAAAGACGUUACUGAAAAACUAGAGGACCCUGAUGUUACGGAUGUGGAGAAUGUCACAUGACCUAGUCAGCAGUGUUUGGAAAUUGUCACAUGACCAAAUCAGCAACAUCUACAUCUUACUUGUUUAUUGACUGAAAAAUCAAACAGAUUAAGUACAGAAAAACAAAUGUUGAAAAAAAAUCCACAAUGUGUUCAUUGCUUCGAAUAUUUUUUUUUCAAUUGUAUACAUGAUUUUUUUAAAGAAAUAAAUUAGAACAACA